AUGCCACAACAAAACAAACCAAUACCUUCGAAUUUGUGUGUUCUACUUUUUCCACCUGUAAACAAUUUUCGCCGUUUUCUCAUACAUCAAACAUGUGAACAAUUCCGUCAACAGUACGAUCUCUUCACUUUUUCAGUGGGGCAAGGUCCAUUCCGCCGCACUGUAGUCUGUUUUCGGAAUCAAUUAUUGGAUCCCAAUAAAUUUACAGAUACAGCAGCAGCAGCGAAUUUCGAAUCGCGAAAAAAAUCACCGGUGAAAAGUUGGCGAAGCGUUGAGCGAAAAACUGAAGUUGUCGCAAACGAUAUAUCUUCAACGUCUUCUUCGUCAUUUGUUAGGCAACAAAGAAGCACACCUGGUAAGAUGGGUGCGGAGAAGAAUGCCAACGAAACUCGUGGUAAGUUUGAAUAUAGUUUUGCGUGCUAUAAACAUUUGGGUACAACUGUGUAG